AUUGCCAUGGGAUCUCCACUACUAGUUUGGUUGCUGCUCGUAGCCGUCUGUACGGUUUCCUUCCUGGGAGAAUCAAGUGCAGUUUGCUGCACCGACUACAUGACCCUAAAAUUUAAGGUCAGAAACAAUAAUUGUGGCGCCCUUAAUGCCCAGAGGGUUGACGAUUUCUGUCAGAUCAGAAUUUGUGGCGACGGAUUACGGCUCGUUGGCUAUUAUUGUGGGAAAGGGCCGUGCAACGUUUUCGGAUGCGAUUGCGAAGGCGGCUGCAGGCAUGGCGAGUGGGUCGACUCCUUUUUGGCCAGGAACAGGCGUCACAGAGUUUCGGUGGUGGAUGCAAUCGAAUCAAACGGAGCUGAUUCUGUUAGAAAUACUGCCAAAUCGGGUCUCGAGUGGUUGAACCUUUUGAACUAUUUCAAGUAAAUGAGUUUUUACCAUUUUUAUAUCCUUGCUACCCACAGCAUAAAUUUUAUAUUAUUUUAAUAUA